AUGGCCUUCCACUGGUUGGCUGCCCAGCUUUGGAGACAUCGUGUGGCAGGUCUCAUGGUGAUCAUGGGGGUGACCUCUCUGCUCAUACUUCUAGGUACUCAUUUGUUGCAGCGUUCAAGCCAUCAUGAAUGGCCCAAAGGUUGGAGUAAGAUACCAGCAAAGGAUAAAAAGGGACUACCUGCCUAUGCCAAGCAAAGACCUAAUAAGCCAUACCAAAACUACAGAAGAAGUGACACUCAGUCCACCAGUGCACAGACUCAAAAGGAUGCCAAUCUUCAUAAUAUACUGAGGUCACGUGCUCCAGUUGUUUUCCUCAAAACACACAAGACAGGAGGCAGCACUGUCCAGAAUCUGCUGUUCCGCAUGGGAGAGAAGGACAGAGCCACAUUCGCUUUCCCUUAUUACACCUACCAGUUCAGCUACCCAGAUAAAUUCAGGGCAGAAUUUGUGGACGAAUUACCCGACAGUUCCUCUCAGUUUGACAUACUUUGUAGCCACAUGCGUCUAGACGUGGAGCAAGUGAAACAGAUAAUGCCACCAAACACCACCUACAUCACCAUUCUGCGUGAACCUUUACAGACAUUUGAAUCUGUUUUUUCUUAUUACACCUCCACCAUUCCUGCUUUCACUUUAGCCAAAAAGGUGGCAGAGACAGCAGAGCACAAAUCAGCACUGUCAGUUUUCCUGGAGUCACCAGAGUCAUUCUGGGACCCCAAAGAGCCUGAGAAUGGCCUAGCAAAGAACCCCAUGAGCUUCGAUUUAGGUCUCAACAGCCAGCAGUGGAACUCCUCCUGGCCGGCUGACCUGACUCUGCUGAAGGAGACCUUCCAGCUGGUUAUGAUCGCAGAGCACUUUGAUGAGUCCCUGGUCCUCCUGGGGGCCCUGCUGAAGCUGGAGCUCGAGGAACUAGCCUACCUGCGUCUAAACACUCGCUCCCCAAAGUAUGUCACUCUGCUGGACGACAUAACCAAAGCCAGGCUACGAGCCUGGAACAGCCUGGAUGUGUUGCUCUAUGACUUCUUCCUCAAGUUGUUCUGGGAGAAGGCAGAGCAGUAUGGGCUGGAGAGGCUGAACAGAGACGUGGCCUUGCUGAAGGUCUCCACUGACAGAAUCAGACAGAAAUGUGUGGCCAGGAAGGGGGUGCCCCCUGAGGAACUGGAGGACUUCAUAAGACCUUGGCAGACAGAUUCAGUCACCAUCUUGGGUUAUCAGAUACAGGGGAACCUGACCAAGCACGAGCAGGGAUUCUGUAUGCGCCUCGUGCUGCCUGAACUUCAGUACCACGCUCACCUGUAUUUCCUGCAGUAUGGUCGAGACAUGAGGGCUGCACGUACAGAGUAAAAUAUGUAAGGAACUGAAUGAAAAUUAUAAGGGGAAGACAGGAAGAUUUUGACUUUUGACAUUAACUUAUAACACACAAUAAUGCAGUUGAAAGCAGAUAUCAGGUCAUCUUAAAAUGUUAAUUACUGUUGUUGUCAAUAACAGCUAGUAUAUAAACAAAUAAUGAAUGACAAUACAGUUGUGGUUAUAAUAAUCUAUCUUCAUAGGAGGGGUUGUUAUUUUUGAAAGAACUGACUGUACAUUUUCCUCAUAAAUGCCCUUAUAUCUGUUUAUAACAUUACUGUAAUGUGUUACCAACAAUAAAGUAGUAGAGGUUAAGGUGUUACAGAGAUAUUUAUAAUGCUGUGGGAGGACAACAUGACUUAUGAC